AUGAGCAUGACCUUUAAUACUAUUCGCAUUCGUCAGCUACAGCCUAACAUUGAUGAAGCAUUGCAAAAGGACAUACUCAGUUUUCUCAACUACGACAUCAGCAAGUACUCAGAGAUGGGCAAAAGUUUGCACGUGCUUGACCUCCACCGCAAGGCUCUGCUCCACACACACAACAAACCCAGAAAUGUAGCCCCAUCUCUAGAUCAAAGAGAAGGAAAAAACAAGGGAGACAGCCACAAAGUCUUCCGCCCAGCCACAAAGCUCCAUGAGGCUGGCGUCCGCUUCAUGACAAGCGAAAGCAUAAGUCUCCGGGACAUUACCUUCUAUCGUGAUGGCGAUGUCUUGAAACUUCCCAAUUUCAUAGUUGAUGACUAUACCGAAUUAAUGUACUUGAAUCUCAUAGCCUUUGAGCGUUGCCACGUCCCUGCUAGCAGCAACAUCACUUCCUUCGUCGCGUUCAUGGACUGCAUCAUCGACGACCAUCGGGAUAUCAAACUUUUGAGCUCAAAAGGGAUUAUCAACAACUUCAUUAGGACCGACAAUGAGGCAGCUGAUUUGUUCAAUAGAGUGUCUAGGGAUUUGGCCGUAGAGUGUCUAGUAGAGAUGAACUUCCACUUUUACAAGGUGUACAAGAAUCUCAUCGACUAUAGCAACAUGCGGUGGAAUAAAUGGCAAACGUGUUGGAAUAAAUGGCACGCCAAUCUAACUCAAACUUAUUUUAGAAGUCCAUGA